CUUCUUGUGAGUACGAGUCACUCUGCCAUAUAGCGAACCUGGUGAUUCCAUCUGAUUAGGGUGCUUGCACUAGGCGCAACUUAGGGACUCGUGUUCUGUGGAUCAGUUAAGGAAAACGACGCUAGGUCCUUUAGUUGGUUUUGCUACUUAAUUCUUUUUUUAUCCUGAGUUGAAAAGUUUGAAGAGGAUUCUCGAUCUAAAUCUUAACUAAGCUGAGUUAAAUUAAUUUUUCCCAAAAAAAAACAAGAAGAGUUGAACUCUUCUUAUCUUUAAAAGUCUUUUUGAGUGCUCUUCUAGUGAUUUUUUUAAACUUCUCAUUCCCUUUUCCCUUUUUCUAUCUCCCUUUCCCCUUUUCUUUCCCCUCCCCCCCUCCCGUUGUAAAAUCGAUGGAUAGAUGGAUCGACGAUGGAUUUUGUUUUGGAACUGUUAUUGGAACAGUUAUCUCGUGCUGCGCCUAAUCUGCAACAACUGGAUUUGCAACAACUCGUCUCGAUCGAAUAGCAAUUUUUGCUAGUAGCAGGGUAGUUUUUUGAAUAUUAUUUCAGCUGCCUCACUACACCGGAAACUGGGACAGCAGCUUCUAUCAAGUAACAGAUGUGUCAAGUGAAAUAUGUAAUUCAAAUGGCGAUGUUGGAUGUACCAACUCGGAUGGUUUAACUUUUAUUUAGGUUUUCUCCCACUUUUCCUCCCAUGUCUUGGUGAUGUCAAUGAUGAUUCAAAGAAGCUCAACUGAAUGCAAACCGAUGUCGUCAGAAGAUAUCAUAAUUGGAAGGAAGUUUAAUUGUACAUUUAACUUAUUUAAAUCAGGGAACACUUCGUGCAGCUCGCCAUCUCCUUUAUCACCGGAACAGCAGUCGUGUGCUUGGAACAAUUGGAACAAUUGGCAACAAUUGGGCAUUUGGACUCAAUGGGAACCUCAGUGGCCUGCCGUUGCUCAACGAUCGGAGGAUUUUUUGUCUCCUUUUUCUUCCUUUUUCCUCCUUUUACCCCCUUUCUCUUUCCAACUUUUUUAAACUUCCCACUCCCAUUUUCCAAUUCUCACAUAGAUAGAGCACUCGUAGUAUCAUAGUCUGAAACUUCUAAGGGCAGAAGUUUCCUAGUUCUUAUAGUAUUAGCAAAUUAGUCUUUUCCGAACAGAAGUUAGUGAAUUUAUCUAAACUUCUAAAAACAACUCUCUGUUAUUAAUAACACUUUGUUAUUAAUAUUAAACUUCUACAAACAGAAGUUAAACUUCUACAAACAGAAGUUCAAAUAUUACACCUUUUAGACAACUGUCUAAAACGGAAGAUCGUAGAUUGAGGCUUAAGCUUUUCUUAUACCGUACUCAGAGGUAGUGAAUAAAGGCUAAUUGACCAAUACGGAAGCUAGUACUUCUGAUCCUAAAUGAACAAUGUAGAACCGAUGUUGUGCCUUAUCGGGUGGUUUUGCCAUAUAGGGGGUUUAUUGAGUGAUUUGUGCAGUCCUAACGGUAUAGGGCAUCACUUGAAGAAGCAACUCCUAUUCAAAACUGUCGCCACCAACUACAUCAACACGAAGCAACAGAGGACGAAGAGGACGACGACGAGAAAUUUCAAAAUGGAACGAACAACGACGGAAGGAAGAAACCGGUGGCGACAGUCUGGAGUUGAAUCGAGAUCUCACCUCAUAAGAUCUCGAACGACAAUGGAUCAAUGGAGAUGGAACGAUGGAAUCCAAGGAACAAGCAGGAUCAGCGGACAGGAUGGAUUUGAGCUGGAUGGAUUGACGACGACGACGAAGGACUGGACGGAUGGAUCGGGAUGGAAUCGGGAUGGAUCGGGACAACGCGACGACGACGACGAGACGACGACGACGACGACGACGACGACGAAGGAUCGGGAUGGAUCGGGAUGGAUCGGGAUCGGGAUCGGGAUCGGGAUCGGGAUCGGGAUGGAUUGGGAUCGGGAUGGAUCGGGAUCGGGAUGGAGGGAUGUAAUCGGGACAACACGGGACGACGACGACGACGACGGAUGGAUCGGGAUGGAUGGAUCGGGACGGAACGACGAUGGGAAGAGGGAAUCCGAUUAUUCGGAAAAUGAGCGCCGACGAAAGCGAUGGCGAAGGAUCGGGAUGGAUGGAUCGGAAGGAUCGAGAGGAAUGGAUCGGGACAAAGCGACGAUCGAAAGAAGGAAUCCGAGUAUUCGGAAAAUGAGCGCCGACGAAAGCGAUGGCGAAGGAUCGGGAUGGAUGGAUGGAGAAUACAAAACUUAAUUUUUUUCUUUUUCUCUGAUAAUUUUUCGUUUUUUUUUAAUUGUAUUCUUAAUAAACAUAAUUAAAAUUU